CUACACCGCGAACGUUUUUCGCGCUCGAAUCAGUUGUUAAAUUUCGGGUGUCGAAGCAAGACAUCUUCUCAGCAUGACUUUGUUGUGGACCAUAGGUCUGGCGUUCGCCAUUUACUGUCUGCUGACCUACGUAUUCAGCUACUGGGAACGCCGUGGAGUGACUCAGCUGACCCCUUCCUGGUUGUUUGGGAAUGUUAAAAAUGUUUUCUUUCUGAAAGCAUCUAUCGGAGAGAUAUACUGCAAGCUGUACGAAGAAUCUACCAAACUACCGUUUGUCGGAGUGUACGUAGCUUUUCGACCGUUUUUGCUAGUGAAUGAUCCUGCGCUCAUGAAAAAUGUGUUGAUACGUGAUUUUCACCACUUUACUGAUCGUGGAUUGAGGGUGGAUGAACGGAAUGAUCCGAUUAGUGGGAAUUUGUUCAUGGUGCCAAACCCGAAGUGGAGGAAUCUACGGGUUAAUCUGACCCCAGCGUUCACUUCCGGUAAACUGAAAGCUAUGUUUCCGAUUAUUCUCGACAUUGGAGAUAGGCUGUUGGAUCACAUCGAUCAACAUUCGACCGAGGAAAUAGAUGCGCGAGAUUUGUUGGCACGAUUUACAACUGAUAUCAUUGCUUCCGUUGGGUUUGGAGUGGAAAUCGAUUCGAUCAACAAUACGACCUUUUUCCGGCAGAUUGGAGUGAAGAUCUUCGAACCGACCUUUCGAGGUGGGUUGCGAUGGCUUGGGAUGAUUCUAUUGCCAGUUAUGAACAGCGUUUUGGGAUUGAAAGUAGUCGAUCAGGAUGUUGAAGACUUCCUCAUCGAUUUGGUACGCAAGACGAUCGAGUAUCGUGAGUCGAGUGGGGUAGUUCGCAAGGAUAUCAUGCAAUUGAUGCUGCAGCUGCGAAAUUCGGGAUCCGUAUCGGCAGAAGAUCAGUGGGAUAUCCAGGUUUCGAAGGCAGCUAAGCAGCUAUCGAUAGAAGAGCUAGCAGCCCAAGCUUUCGUGUUCUUCGUCGCUGGGUAUGAUACUUCUUCCACCACAAUGUCGUACUGUCUGUUCGAGCUGGCUCGGAACCCUGAAAUGCAGAAAAAAGUUCAAAGAGAAAUCAAACAGUGCACAGUUCCCUGCCUAGGAAAACUGACUUACGAAAAUCUCCAUGAGAUUAAAUAUUUAGAGUGUUGUAUUCUGGAAACUCUUCGGAAAUAUCCUGCGUUACCCUAUCUAAACCGGGAAUGUACUAAGGAUUACCAAAUUCCUGGAACCCAGGUUGAAAUCACCAAAGGCACCCCAUUAGUUCUACCGAUUCUGGGAGUCCAUCGGGAUCCAAAAUAUUUUCCGGAACCGCUUCGAUUCGAUCCGGAUCGCUUUGCAUCGUACGACAAAAACGACAGCACCAAACCGUUCUUUCCGUUCGGAGCAGGUCCCCGGAACUGCAUCGGGAUGCGGCUGGGAAUGAUUCAAACCAAACUCGGACUGGCCAUGUGCUUGCAAAAUUACACAGUUUCCUUAGCCCGUCCGGAGCAGCGUCAAGGGGAGCUUCCGAUCAGUGCCACCACACCUCUGAUGGCACCAAAAGAUGGAAUCUACGUGCGGGUUCAGCGGCAUCAUCAGUGAAUAAUAAAAGUGCUUCAAGUUAAACGCCUAAAGUUAGACUAGCAACGACAUCGUGAGAUCUCAGGAUCUGUUAAAUUUGAAACAAAAACAAACGUAUCAUAAAGAGUGUUUUCGUAAAUAUUGUUAAUCAUUUUGAUUGUCAGCCGAACAUAAUUCUACUCUGUACUUAGUCAUCUUAAGUCCCAUUGCGCUUUUCAUAGACUCCUUUAUUCCACAGAUGUAUAUAAAGCUUAAGCACAUUUCGAUAGAAAGUUUC